GAAUCUGCUCAGCUCUCACACAUCCAACCCAGCCAUGGCCGCCGCUAUUCCAAGUCGCAUUGACCCCACUUUUAGGUCUGUCUGCCUCGUCAAACCGCCGUUCACCUCAGCCAUUCGGUUUCGUCCCCAAACUCAACUCAUCUGGACCACCAAAGCCUGUGUCGAACCUCCCCCCCAGGCUCGUUGAACGUUCUUUGAACCGCAUUCCCAGGCCGGUAGGUCUAUUUGCCGCGAACUUUCGAGCCUUGGCAGUGAAAAGGGAAAGCGUGUGGCUCGUGUGAAUCACAUCGCGUUGCUUAUUUCACCUUCUCAGGCUUGAACCAGCUGCGACUAGGUUUGCUGUGAAUGAAUUCAAUCCGUUUAGUGACCAAUCUAUGGCUGGGAAACGAAUUCAAUUCGCCUAGCGACCAAUCGGUGGCUGGGGAUACGAAUUCAAUUCAUUUAGUGACCAAUAGUCGGUCGGUGGGCUUUCAACCAUCAGCCAGCAUCGGCGAUUUUGGGGGUCUUUCCCUCCCACCAGGCCCGUUCGCUCAGCCUCACCCACCGCGUGCUCCCUCCAACGCCCAUUCCACUUCCUCGAGUUUCUCUCCCCACGGUCAAUCUAGAUUCUCGCUACGCUCAUUCUAGAGGAAUUGUAUCAGAUUUGGUGGUAGCUCUCUGCACUAGUGGCUCUCCGCCUAAGCUAGCUCCACGGCUUCCUUGCUAUUCGCUCUGUUACGCUACCAGAGGCACGAGACACAUCGCGAAGUACUCGUCGGAAUAACGCAGAGCAAAGAACUGCUCGCUGCAAAGAACCGCUCGCGACGAAGAACUGCCCGCGGCGUCCGCCGUGGAGAGCUGCUGUCUGCCAUGCCUUGAUCGAACUCGAGGGACUCAAGGGAGGCUCCGAUCCAUCCAUCGAGCACCGCGUCAUCUCUUCGCUUCUUGUACGAUCUGCGAUGACGCCGACUCAGCCAUCACCCUUGUCACUGUCGUCGUUUCCAUCGCAACCGUCACCUGUGUCGCAGCAAUCCCCGUAACGAGCAUGGCGUCAGGCUUCACAUGCUGUCCUUGGAGUGACGUGGAAAGGAUAAUUCCGCCGCCGACGAUUCUAAACAAAAUCUCAUCGACAUUGAUGCCGUUGCACGCACGCACUCGUCGCUGCCAUCGCUACCGUCACGAGCGUCGCAACCAUCAUCGUGACGGGCAUGGCUUCCCAACCCGUGAUCGGAGAGGAUCUUUCCGCCGUUGACCAUUCCGCCGCUAAUGUUACGCAGUUUACAAUUGUUCCGCCGCUGACGAUCCUCUCAAGAAUCGUCAUGGUAAGUGGUUGGAACUAGCUGAAGGGGGGGCGAGUAGGCGUCCGCCGCAUAGUGUGUCACUUAUCCGUUUCCCGCUGUUUGAG